AUGAAAAAUUCGUAUUACGCUGUUGCAAAUGGAUAUACGCCUGGUAUUUAUAGCACAUGGAAAGAAUGCGAGAAGCAAAUUAAAGGAUUUCGAGGUGCAAGGUUGGCAGUUUUUUUCAAGUUUAAGAAAACUUUAUCGAAUUCAUCGCAAGGAACAUCUCGCGAGCAAACCACGUCGAAAAGGAAAUUCGUUACAUCUGACGAUGAUAUAGCUAAAUUAAAGCGUUAUAAAAGCACUUUGUAUGAAAAUGAUUGCGCAAACAAAAUUUUGCGUGAUUUUCGUGGCGAUAUUGGAGCUCCAAUAGUUUAUACAGAUGGUGCUUGUUCUGCAAAUGGUCGUAGAGGAGCAAAAGCUGGUAUAGGUGUAUUUUGGGGUGACGAUCAUCCUGACAAUAUAGCUGAACCGCUCAAAGAUGGUCCACCUACAAAUAACCGCGCUGAACUUAUGGCAGUCAUUGUUGCCGUAAAACAGGCAGUGAACAAAGGCUUAUCUUGCAUUAUAAUUCGUACAGACUCCAAUCUUUUAAUACAGUCAAUGAAUAAUUGGAUUAAAUCGUGGCGACUUAAUGGUUGGAAGACUGCUAAUGGUCAGGACGUAAAAAACAAAGAUUUAAUCGUUGAACUUGAUAAAUGGUUGAAAAGAGUUCGAUUUGAACACGUAGCAGGUCACGCUGGUAUUUAUGGUAAUGAAAAAGCAGAUGAGCUGGCACGGAAAGGUGCUGCAUUAUACAAUUCGUAA